UGGGGUGACAUGAGCCGACCUGGGCUGAGUGGUGAAAAACCUGCAGAGUCAGACCUGGACCAGCAGUAUUCAUGGUGCUCAUCUCAGCACUUCGAUGAAGACAGAUACUCUUCCCCGCCACCUAGGAACAUGAAGGGUCUAUCCGGCAGCCGUACCCAACCCCAGAUCACCUCCGGGCACACCUGCGGCUUGCCAGAGUGCGAGCACGCCCACGACUACGGCCACCAUGGCCCCGACCCUCGGCCGUCCUACCUUCUCAGCCCCACGGAGAGCUGCCCAGCGGAGCACCACCGCUGCUCCCCCCGGAGCUCCAUCCACUCCGAGUGCAUGAUGCUGCCCGUCACCGUCUCCACCGACCACGUCUCCAGCAGCACCUUUCCCAGGAUGCACUACAGCUCCCACUACGAUGGGCCGCGGGACGACUGCGUCGUCUCGCACGUGUCCGGCGGCGGGGGGGGAGGGGGCGGGGGCGGCGGGAAGAUGAACCGCAUUCCCGCCAACCUGCUGGACCAGUUCGAGAAGCAGCUUCCUCUCCACCGCGACGGCUUCCACACGCUGCAGUACCAGCGCACCUCCACCACCGAGCAGCGCAGCGAGAGCCCCGGAAGGAUCCGCCACCUGGUGCACUCGGUCCAGAAGCUCUUCACCAAGUCGCACUCGCUGGAGGGCUCGUCCAAGACCAACGUCAACGGCAACAGCCACCACCAUGGCCACCACCACCAUGGCCACCAAAAGCACAGCAAGAGGAGCAAGAGCAAGGAGCGCAAAGCCGACGGCAAGCACCGGCCGGCCACCGGUUGGUGGAGCUCCGACGACAACCUGGACAGCGACAGCACGUACCGGACGCCCAGCGUCAUGAGCCGGCACUACGCCGACCACGUCGUUGGCCACUGCUACCCCGAGUCCAUGCAGAGCCAGUUCGGGGACCUCACGCUCAAGACCUCCAAGAGCAACAACGACGUCAAGUGCUCUGCCUGCGAAGGCCUGGCGCCGGCGGCCCCAGAGGGGAAGUUCAUGAAAAGGAGCUCCUGGUCCACACUCACCGUGAGCCAGGCCAAGGAGGCGUACCGCAAAUCCUCUUUAAACCUGGAGAAGCCCAUGAUGCCCCAGGACCUGAAGCCAUCCCUGAGGCCCUGCCAUUACCUGCAGGUUCCCCAGGAUGAGUGGGGGGGCUACCCAGGGAUCAACAAAGAUGAGGAGAUCCCUUGCCGGAGGAUGCGAAGUGGGAGUUACAUCAAAGCCAUGGGAGACGACGACAGCGGCGAGUCCGACACCAGCCCCAAGACCUCGCCCCAAAAGACCAUUCGCCCUGACGCCCUCAUAAAAUCUGUCCUGCAGAGGCCCCUCAUAGACCCUCAAAGUCAGAGCUCCCACCUGCAGACUGCUAGAGACCUGCACCCCAGUGUUACUCUGGACCCGUCUGUCAACUGCAACUCCCCCAAGUUCCGGUCCCGAAACCAGAGCUACAUGCGAGCGGUUAGCACCCUCAGCCAGGCCAGCUGUGUCAGCCAGGUGAGUGAAACCGAGUUUAACGGGCAGUUUGAAUCGGUGUGCGAGUCGGUUUUUAGUGAAGUGGAGUCGCAGGCUAUGGAGGCGCUGGAUCUCCCGGGGUGUUUUCGAACCCGGAGCCACAGCUACCUCCGUGCCAUCCAGGCCGGCUACUCCCAAGAUGACGACUGCAUACCCUCCAUGACGUCAUCUACCAUCACCUCCACCAUCAGGUCCACAACAGCGAUAACGUACACGCCCAGUUAUAAGAAGACCCCGCCCCCUGUCCCGCCCCGCACCACCUCCAAGCCACUCAUCUCCAUAACGGCCCAGAGCAGCACAGAGUCCACGCAGGACGCGUACCAGGAAGGCCGGCACCCCCAAGGGGCGCCGUGGCCCCAGGACAGCCUUGGAGAAGGGCUGUACAACUCCACCGACAGUCUGGACAGCACCAAGGCGGUCACCAUCGCCAUGGAGAUGGCGGCCAGCAACCGUCACCCGUCGACGGACAGCCACAGCUCAGUGCUCACGUGCGACAAGGCCGUCCUGGUGUCCAGGGCCGAGGAGUAUCUCCAGACCCCGCGUUCGUCCAUCGGGAUCCAGGUGGGUGGCGUAGAAACAGGGGAACACCCCCCCAGUAAUGCCCCUCUUUGCUUCCCAAAAUUAGCAGUGGAAACAGCCGCAGAUCCAGAGCCAGAGAGAAAACGUCCCACAGAAUACCAUUCUAUAGGGAUUCAAGUGGAGGAUGAGAAAAGGCUGGGCCGCUUCAAGCGCUCCAACAGCGUGACGGCGGCGGUGCAGGCCGACCUGGAGCUGGAGGGCUUCCCCGUAGCCACCGAGGACAAGGGCCUGCAGUUCGGCGGCUCCUUCCAGCGCCAGCAGCACUCGGAGCCCAGCACUCCCACCCCCUACGGCGCCGUGCGCACCGUACGCACCCAGGGCCUCUUCAGCUACCGCGACGACUACCGCGCGCCCGCAGAGCCGCCCAGCCCCCAGCGCCGGCCCCAGCCCUGGCUGCCCGACGCCCCCCAGGAGCCCCCCGACACGGGCCGCGUCUCGCCCGCCCCCCGCCGUGACGGCAGCUGGUUCAUGCAGCUGCUCCACACCGAGACCAAGAAGAUGGAGGGCUGGUGCAAGGAGAUGGAGAGAGAGGCAGAGGAGAACGACCUGGAGGAGGACAUUCUUGGUAAAAUUCGGAGUGCAGUGGGAAGUGCACAACUCCUCAUGUCUCAGAAAUUCCAGCAGUUUUAUUGGCUGUGUCAACAAAACCUGGAUCCCAGUGCCAUGCCCCGCCCCACAUCUCAGGACCUGGCUGGAUUCUGGGACCUACUGCAGCUGUCCAUUGGUGAUGUCACCACAAAGUUUGACAAACUGCAGCACAUUAAGAAUAACAAGUGGAUGCACAUCGAGAGCCCUGAGAAGAAGCAAUGCAGGAAGCCGCCACCCCCCGUACCAAAGAAGACCCUGAGGGGGAAGUCCGUGGCCCGGGACCGGUCGCUGGACCUUCCGGACAGACAUCGGCAGGAGGCUCGGCAGAGGCUAAUGGCCGCCAAGCGGGCAGCCUCCUUCCGGCAGAACUCGGCGACCGAGCGGGCGGACAGCAUCGAGAUUUACAUCCCCGAGGCCCAGACCCGUCUUUGA